AUGAGCCUCCAAUCCCAAUUCACCACGCCAACCACUAUCCAAGCAACCGAAUGGACGACCCUACCCACGCGAUACCGCCGCCCUGGCGGCCUCUUGGAGCACAGCCUCCACCAGAAGCGCGGCCAGCCGCUUGACUCCUUCCUCGAAGGACCCCUCUACAUCCCGUCGCUUUCGCGUCUCUUUGUCGUCGACAUCCCCUACAGCCGGAUUUUCUCGAUCGACCCCACAAUCAAGGAAUGGAAAAUUGGUCCCAACGACCUGGUCGUCACCUACACCGGCACCGUCUAUUUCACCGACCAAGGGAUGACAGGCCUGCACGAUCCGACAGGCCGGGUGUUAUGCUUCGAUCUUCCAUCCAACAAUGGCGAUCCGAAUAAUGCCAAUGGCGCCAGCCAGCACCACAUUAAACCGGAAUGCGUGCUCUCCAAAGGCCCCUCACCUAAUGGCCUUGUGAUGAGCGAAGACGAAUCGGCCGUCUUUGUCGCCAUGACCCAUGACAACGCGGUGUGGUACGUUCCCUUCUAUCCGAAUGGGAGCGUGCAGCGCGUGGGCCGGUUUGCCAGCUACUAUGGGAUCAGGGGACCGGAUGGGAUGGCGAUGGAUAUAACGGGGAACAUCUUUGUCGUGCAUUCGUCGUUAGGGGUGGUGUUUGUACAUCGGCCGGAUGGGGAGGUCGGGUGGCGCAUCUGCUGGGAUGCGGGUGCAGGGAAGAAAAUGACGAACUUGGCGUAUGGAGGGCCAGAUGGAACGAACCUUGUAUUUAGUCGAGAGUGA